GUACAGUGAGGAACGACCAACAUAUGGAAUAGAGGGAAGGUUUUGCAACCAGAAAUACUUAAUCUCCGUUUUGACCCCUGGAAAACGAUGGACACGCGAAUUCCUUCUAAAUUUAGACACCUUCAUAUCGGUAUUGAACUCCAAACUGCUGUUCACAUGUAGGCUUAUGUCGCCAGAAUAGCAUCGAAAAAGCGUAAGACCUUCGCUGAAGCUUUGCGUGUCCAUUUGCACUAUGCAGGGCAACACGUUCUAAGUGGACUGCGGCUGGCGCACAGACUCGCACAAACUCGCUUGGCACCAGCAGAUAGGGCCAGCAUAACAAUGGCGCAAGGGAAUAAUUUCUUAACCAUCCCAGAACAGGAGGGUCUUUUUACAACAACAAAGAGUGAGCGUUCUGGAGAGGACCGUAACAACUGUCUCGGAGAAGAUGAAGAUGACGAUGAAGCUGAGGACGACGUCCGGAUCAUACCGAGGUCCUCCCCCAUACCCAGAAAGCGCGGACAUUCGAUUAAUGACGAGACGGCAGAGUAUAUGCGAAUUCGUCUCGUAUUGCCUCCUAGAAGAGUAUCCUUUGCGGACACAACGGGGGCUGACCUUGUUGAUGUACGAGAGUUUGUUCCGUUUGAUUCUGAUGACGAGGAUGAUGCAAGAUGGGAGGAAGAGGAAACCAAGUACCAUGAAGCUUACCGCGAGCCGGUUUAUCGUUUGUGUCCCGAGUUCCAGCCACUGACUGGAACCGACCUUUUGCUCGCGGUCCGUACGAAUAAAGUAGAAGUAGAAAGCUUGACGCCCGUGCCAGAUGAGCCACUUUCCUUUGAGGGGUUGAUCCGUGUGCUUAACAUUUCUUUUCACAAAUCCGUUUACGUCCGCUCUACAAUGGACGGUUGGAUCACUUACUUCGAUUAUCCCGCUGAUUAUGUCCAAGGUUCCAACGACGGUGAGACUGACAAGUUUUCCUUUAGGCUAUCGUUUGCAGAACCUUAUCUAUUCAAUGGAGCGCGUAUAGAUUUUGUCGUGCGAUAUAAGACAUCCGAUGGCGAAUUUUGGGCGAACAAUUCCGGCAGGAAUUAUUCAGUAACUCUUCUGAAGUCAUAUGAAGGCACGGCAGAAGCCAGCAAGGAGGAAAAUCUAAUUAGAGGCAUACUUAAGCCUCCUAGGUACAGUAUGGAGGAUGAUUAUGACUUCGCUCAGGACAAAAAUGGAGGGGAUGUGGCCAGCACAGAGAGAGAGGAUGCAAUUGACGUUCCCUGCCCUGUGUGUCCACCCAUUGAACCUGAGAUUGACAUCCAGAUUACCAAGGCUUUGUCCAGUUCUCCCCCUAAAACCAAUGGAGACUCUACUCCAGCAGAAGGUAUUCUGCCAAGUGUGUAUGCUCCUUGUGAACAACCUCUGCAGGAUUCAGCUGAAACUUCACCACAAAUAAACCCUCCAGAAAUCGUAGUCCAAGUUACACAGUCAUUGUUACUCAAAGAAAACCUGAUACCAUCCAUUCAGGAAGUUACAGAACCAAAACCUGAAGUCCCAGAUAAUGACCAAUCAUCUCACUCUGCCAAGCCCAAGGAAAUUAUAGUUGACUCCCAAUCAGAGAUUUCAGCCAAAGUGCAUUUGGACUUGGACAUAACCUUACCAGCAGUGUUUUCAAGCAUCCAAAAGGAAGUGGAGGAAAAUAAGUUGGAGGAACUGAAAGAGGUUAGAGGUAAUGAAGAAAAACAGUCAGAAAUACAUAGAAGAGAAGUUCAAAAGCAAGAUGAGACACUUCAUAAAAUGGAAGUAGGUAAGCCAGAAACUUCAACACAGCAAUGUUCUUUUAAUGAUGGAAGUGCUGAGAUUGCAAGUAAAGAUGAAGAGUUUAGUUGUAGCACACAUGACACCUUGUUUGGAGAUGCACAGUAUCCCAGAGUGGAAGAAUGUGAAACAGAGACUGUAAACGAUGCUGCAGCAGUGAGAGUCAAGGCUAGCAAGAAGGAGAAGAUGGGUGAAAAGGUAGAGAAUGUGCAGGCAAGUGGAGAGGAAGUAGAUGUGGUGGCCGCUUGUACUGGUCAUGGAUUUGGAGUUGCCAACCUUGGGCUGACAGGAGGGGACAGAGUAACCCAUCAUCUUUCCAUGCAUCCAACUACUUCUGAACCUGAGGAACAUCUACAGACAAGAUGUGGAUCAGGGAGUGAAAUGGAGCUGGCUGCUGUCCUUCCUGCAGAUGUUGACGCGGCCUUUGUUUCUGAGAACAGAGCUCUCAAAGAGGAGAUUCCAACACCUGAAGGCAAGGGUAGAGCCUCAGAAAAGGAGAAACCAGUAUCAACCAUAGGAGACAUAUUACUCCAUGCUAGUGCGACUUCAUUUCAGACAGCAGAGAGUCAGGAAAGCCAGCUUUCAUUGUCCACUAACACUCCAGAGGUUUUUACUUCUUCCCAGCCUGAUGUGCUGCUGCGCCAGACUCUGAUCCCAUCCAUUGCCUUCUUCAGUGCUGCUGUCUGCCUGGUAGUUGGCUUCCAGGAGCCCAGCAUUUUCCUUUUCAUGGCACUAUUACUAUGUUCUCUAUGCCUCUGACAGCUUUUUUUCCCCUUUUAUUAAGCCAUAUCCUUCUCCACCUCCCUAAGAGUGCCUUUCUGUUUAAAAAAAAGAAAAAGAAAAGAAAAGCAAAUAUAUUUGGUUUCACAUUAGUGUGUGGUGUGUAUAUAGGAUACAGAUGUACUAGGAAAUAAUUAUUUAUGUAGAAAGUUAUUUUUGUAUGCUGCGCCUACAAUCUUACAGUAUCACUAUUUAGUGAGAAGUCAGAAUUGCUGGGAAAUCCUAAUUGUAAGAAAUUAAAAUCUGCAGUACAUUAA